GAAAAGUAAAGAGAGAAUAGAAUAAACUCUUAAAGUACAAGGACCAAGAAGGGGGAGACACAUCAACUUCCCUUCUCCUCUUCCUUUGCUUACCUUCCAAUCUUAAGCUCCUCGUUUUCAUACUUUCUUUUUCUAAUCCCACUUGCUUUUCCCCUUCCAGCUCCCCUCUCUUUUCUUUUUCAGUCACAAGGUUUGUUUGUAAAUAUUCUGAUGAAAGCAUAUCAUGCAGGAACUGCUGCAAAUUUAGAGGUGUAUCAAGAUUGAAACAAGAAAACAAAAUGGGUUCUACUACUGGCAACCAAAAUCCUUGGGCUCCAUAUAGUACCUAUAGAGAUUGUUCACAGGGAAUCUGUAGCAUUUAUUGUCCACAACGGUGUUACAUCAUUUUCCCACCUCCACCUCCUUUUACUCUUGGUGAUGAUGAUUCUAAUACUGAUUUGUCUCCUCUUAUUAUAGCAGUUAUCGGUAUCCUGGCAAGUGCUUUCAUCUUGGUGACAUACUAUACUCUCAUAUCCAAGUAUUGUAGGCGGCGGGGCCAGGGCGAUGGAGCCACUGAUUUGAAUGAAAACCAUGAUCAGAUGGCUAGUGAAGCAUGGCAAGGUAUCCCUGCUGGUGGAUUAGAUGAGGCACUUGUAAAGUCUAUCACAGUAUGCAAGUACAAGAAAGGUGAUGGUUUCGUUGAAGGCACAGAGUGCUCAGUUUGUCUGAGUGAGUUUCAAGAAAAUGAGAGCUUAAGGCUCUUGCCGAAGUGUAGCCAUGCAUUUCAUCUCCCUUGCAUUGAUACAUGGCUCAAAUCUCAUGCAAGUUGUCCUCUAUGCCGUGCCAAUAUUGCUCCCGCUAAUAUCUUGCCCAGUGAAGCACCAGCUGUACCUGAGCCAGUCCAAGAAAAUCUGCCAAGAACUAAUGUUUCAACACUUCAAUACCAGCAUGGGACUAAUGAUGCUGUUUUAAUGAUUCAAGAUUUAGAAGGGAGUACUUUUCGGCAAGAGGGCGUCGUUAGUCUUGUUAUCGGUGAUGAUACUCCCAAGACUCCGGUUAAUCAAGAUCUUGAAAGUUCGCAGACUGGUACGGAAUUACAAAUUAGCGAUCCGAUCCAACCACUUAGAAGGUCUGUUUCAUCGAGUUUUUCUCAAAACCACACAUCUAUUGCUGAUAUAUUACGCACUAGUGAAGAUGAUGAUGAGGGUAGUGAUGAUUACCGGAAGAAUGGAGGAGGUGGGAUCUUGGGUUUAGUUAGAAGUCCAUUUGGAAUGAAGAGAUCCAUUUCUACAGGAAGAUUUACGUUCACAAGCUAUGAGAAAGGUAGGAGUUCUAUGAUUCCCAUUUGAGCAUACAGUUUUCUCCUGAUGUACAGACGACAUACCAUCAAUUUCAUUUCUUCUCUGUAACUAGUUAAUUAAAACUCAUCAGUAUAGAGAUCUUGUGUUAAUUCAAAAUUUGGCAGUACUUGAGAUGAAUUUGCAGUUUGAUCCCGCCAUUAGUUAGUUUUGAUCAAUUAAUGGAGUUUGUGUUCUUGAAA